UAUGAGAUAAUUAUAAUAUAAUAAAUUAUAAAGCGAAUAAUAAUUUUUUAUGUAUAAUAAAAUAAUAUUUGUCGAUUUUUUUAAUUUAUUCGAGUUUUUAAUAAAGUAAAAGAAAAUCAAAUAUUUCUGAUUUUUAUUAAAUAAAUGGAUUUUUAUAAUUAUUGUUAUAAUUGAAUAAUAAAUGUUGAUAUUUUACUAGCUCAUUAAUAUGGUACAAGACCAUGUUGCACUGAACUUUGAAAAAAUAUCAUUAACUAGUCAUGGCCAAAAUUACAGCUACAAAAUAUCUUGCCUCAGGUUUUGGAGGAAAUUCUCUCGGUUACAGAAACUUACACUGUAUAUAGUUUUUUUCAUUGUGUUUAUUUUAAUAUACUUAUGGCUCUUUGGCAAUAUUAUGAAGUUUAACAAUGUAAUGGGUUUAAAUAUUCAAAAGUUACCUCAAUUAAGUAACUCUCAGCAAGAAAAGGAGUUAGAUUUACCAGAUGGUGUGGAAGCCGUAAAAUUAAAUGAGAUAGUUAAUGCUGAAGUUAUAAAUGAAAAAGAACAAAUCGCUGCCCCAGCAAUAAAUCCAACAAUCCUUGAAUUAACUAGUUAUGGAAUAAAAUUUCCUUCUGCAUCUGGCCACCGUCAAAAUGCAAUAUUAAAAGCAUUUAAGCAUGCAUGGACAGGUUAUCAAAAGUAUGCUUGGGGCCAUGACCAUGUUAAACCUAUUUCAAAAAAGUAUAAUGACUGGUUUAAUAUGGGUUUGACUAUAGUUGAUUCACUUGACACCUUAUGGAUAAUGAAUUUAAAAAAAGAAUUCAGUGAAGCACGUGAAUGGGUAAGCUCAAGUUUUAACCUGGACCAUUAUAAAGAUGUUAAUUUGUUUGAAACAACUAUCAGAGUAUUAGGUGGAUUUUUAAGCGCUUAUCAUUUAUCAGAUGAUUCUUUAUUCCUAGAAAAAGCACUUAAUGUUGGUGAAAGACUUCUACCAUGUUUUACAAAGUCUCCUUCCCCUAUUCCUUAUUCUGAUAUUAAUCUUGUUUCUCACUUGGCACACUCUCCAAAAUGGAGCCCAGAUUCUAGUACAGCAGAAGUGUCUACUUUACAGUUAGAAUUUAGGGACUUGUCACGGUCUACUGGAAGAUCAAGUUUUGAAGAUGUUUCAUUUAAAGUUUCUGAACAUAUUCAUACUUUAGAAAAAUACCAUGGUUUAGUUCCAAUUUAUAUAAAUCCAAACACUGGCAAAUUUCAUAGAGGGUCUGAAAUUAAAUUAGGUGCUAGAGGAGACAGUUACUAUGAAUAUUUACUUAAACAAUGGAUUCAAACUGGAAAAUCAAUUGAUAAUUUAAAAAAUGAUUACAUAGAAGCUAUUGAUGGCAUUACUACUAAGCUUGUAAGGACUACUCCACAAAGAAAUUUGACUUAUAUAGGUGAACUCCGAGCUGGUACUCGAGAAUUUCAUCCUAAAAUGGAUCAUUUAGUUUGUUACUUACCAGGAACACUAGCUUUGGGAGUACAUCAUGGUAUGCCCUACAGUCACAUGCGACUUGCAGAGAAACUCAUUGAAACCUGCUAUCUAAUGUAUGCAGAUCAGCCAACUUUUUUAUCCCCAGAAAUUGUUUACUUUGGUACAAAUAAUGAUAUCAGUCGUGAUAUGUAUGUUAAUAUAAAUGAUGCUCAUAAUCUUCUUCGGCCAGAAUUUGUUGAAAGUUUAUGGUAUAUGUAUCAAAUAUCUGGAAAUGUUACCUAUCAAAAUUGGGGCUGGUCAGUUUUUCAAGGAUUUGAACGGUAUACUAAAGUAGCAGGAGGAUAUACAUCUAUUGGAAAUGUUUUAGAUCCAGAUGAUACAAGACCUCGAGAUAUGACUGAAUCAUUUUUUUUUGCUGAAACUCUUAAAUACUUAUACUUGUUAAUGUCUGAUGAUAGACAUAUGUUAUCAAUUGAUAAAUAUGUUAUUAAUAGUGAAGGACAUCCUUUACCUACUUAUAAUCGGUGAUUAUUUUAAGUACUUAUUACAUUUAUUGUUUUAAAGAUUUUAAGCAAAAUAUUAGUUGUUUUUGGCUGUGAAAUUUUAUUUAUUGUUUUAUGAUUAGUCAAACAAGCGCAACAAUUUUGAACAAAUUUUUUUUAUAAUUAUAAUUAAAUUGCAUUGAUUGCUUUUAAAACAAAUUUUAAAUGUUUUUGUAGCAAAUUUAUUACAAACACAAUUAAUUUUUCAAUUUAUUUAAUUUGAGAGUUAAUGAACAAUACAU